AUGGAUACUGGCUUCCUUAGCUCACACAUACACAGCCAUGUGCACCAUGUACAUUCUUUUGGACUUAAAAUUCAAGCCAAGUGGGAAGAAAGUAUGUACUGGAUUGUAACUUCCUGCAGGGCAGAUGCGGCAGAACUUGCUUUGCUGACAAGGCGUUUGUGCCAGGAAAUGGGACAGACAAACCUGCCUCUCCUUGAAGACAUCCCUUGGUGUCACACUUUAACUCUGCGGCCAGCGGUCACUGUUGAAAGCAGGUUGAUCCCAUCAGUACAGACAUUAGAGGCUGAAAGGAUGUUUGAAUCCAAAAGAUUGAAUAAGAUUGACCUUGAAAACAAGACUGCGCAGCAAACUGAGUCUGACCUGAAGGGCAAGAGAAUUGGUGCAAGAAGGCCACUUCCACCCUUCUGA